AUCCUACAGAAAUUUUAGAGUAUUCAUCAGAUAGUGAAAAAGAUGAUGAGUCGGAGAAUGUCUUGUUCAUUGAUUCAGAAUCCUCUCACAAAUACCACGUGGAUUUUGGAUCAGAUGGAAGACAGGUUAUGGAGAGACUGAUAAACCCGAGGGUAAAAUCUACAGAGACCAUUUUGCAUACACCCCAGAAAGAGACAAAGCUUCCCAAGACUCCAGAAAAUUCAGCAAAGAAGAAGAAGCUUUUAAGAGGCGGGCUAGCAGAAAGACUAAAUGGACUGCAGAAUCGAGAGAGAUCUGCCAUUUCUUUGUGGAGACAUCAGUAUCUUUCUUACCAAAGGACACUUUCAGGUAUAAAAUCUGGUAUAUUAACUGUGAAAAUUCUAGAGCUUCAUGAGGAAUGCACCAUCCAAGUUGCAAUGUGUGAGCAGUUAUCGGAGCUGCAGGCUGACAGCUCUUCUCAGGGUGGGGCCCCUGGGACUGGCCUAAAGGUUCUCUUCGCCAAGGAGACUGCACGCUGCCUCAGGGGACUUCCACAAGACAUCAUCCGUAUCUACCCUCCCUGGCAAAAGCUUAUUAUCCCAAAUGGAAGUUGCCCUGUUAUUCUGAAUACUUAUUUUUGUCAGAAAGUUGUUGCCAAAGAAGAUUCAAAAACAGCACAUGAAGUGCACAGUUGGGACACACCCCUUCCAAGAAGAAACAUCAUUUUGGCCCAGAUGUUUAGAUUUAAGAGCCUAACAAAUAACUCACCUGAAAACCAGGUUAUGUGUGGUGGUCACACCACCGUGGGCACAGACUGGACCCUCAAGCACGAACAAGCAGAGCUGGGCUUCCCCGCCCGAGCACCCCUGAGGGAUUCUCUGCUGGAUGCAGUCGAAAGCCAAGGAGUUGCCACCUGGUCGGGAGCCGGGGUCCGAGUGGUGGUGCAGAGAGUUUACUCUCUUCGCUGCAGGUGUCAGCAGGCAGAUGGCACAGACCCACCUGGAGUUCGAGUCUGCCUUCUCGUGCAAGAUGCCCUCGGACUCUUCAGUGAAGUGCGCUCGGAGGGCGCCGUCCUGAAGGACAGGGAGUUGGAGGGCAAGUCCUGCAGGCUGGCGGGAAUGAAGGUUCUGCAAAAGGUCACCAGAGGAAGGAUGACGGAGCUUUUCAGUUUGAUUGACACCAUGUGGCCUCCAGUGGCGCCUCUGAAAGCACCAGGCCACGGGCCAGCCUUCGAGGAAAAAACUCAUCUGCCUCCUGCUAGCUUCUGUUACAUCCUCACUGCUCAUCCAAACCUGGGACAAAUUGAUGCAAUUGAAGAAGACUCUAUUUCGAAGCUUUACCAGCCUCCAAUUCCCCGCUUCUUAAGAGAAAUUCUCCAGACUGAUGGCCCCUGUACCCGUUGCAGUUUCUAUGCCAGAGUGAUUUACCAAAGACCACAGGUGAACAGUUUGCUUCUGGAGCCAAGGGAGGUGUGGCUGGUGGUGACCGACGCUACUCUGCAAGCACAGGGUGAGGGCUCGGGCCUCCCCAGAACCGUGCCUGUGCGUGUGGCCCCCUCAUGCGUGCUGGGCCAGGAAGUCCGGGACGCGCUCUCCGAGGCCACCUCCAAGAGCUUCUUCUUCAGGGACGCUCUCCGAGACCAAGGCCCCAUCCCGAAGUCCACUGCAGACAAGACCCCUGUGAUGGUCACACGGACAGAACCAGAACCCCCUGCAUGCAGUGCCGGCACAGCCGCAGGAGGUCAGGUUGUUUGUGUUGGACGAACUGUCCUCCUGCUUCCAAAGCCCCAGCUGGGUGUGGCCUCUGGUGCCUGGGAGCUGACGAGCCCUGUGAGGCUGGAUGAGCUGGAUUCUGUCACUCAGGUCAACUCCAUUUGCAGCGUCCAAGGCGCUGUGGUCGCCGUGGACGAGAGCACCGCCUGCUCGUGGCCUGCGUGUGACCUGUGUGGCGGUGAGAGACUGGAACGGAGGCCGGAAGACAGGGGCGCCUUCUCCUGUGGGGCCUGCUCCCGCGUGGUCACCUCUCCCCUCCUCAGAAGGCACCUGCAGGUCUUCCUGGACUGCCCCUUGCGACCCCAGUGCACAGUGAGGGUCAAGCUGCUGCAGCACAGUAUCUCUUCGCUCCUGAGGUUUGCCGCCUGCGAGGACGGGAGUUACGAGGUGAGGAGUGUCCUCGGAAAGGAGGUGGGGCCGAUAACCUGUUUCGUCCGGUCCAUCACCACCCGCCCGGCCUGCGUGGGAUUGGAAGAGGUUGAACUCCUGAGCGAGGGGGGAGCCUCUUCAGCACACCGUUGGCAGCCGCAGGAUCCGUGAACUUUACAAAGUGGCUGCGAGUGGUGGCGGUUCGGUAGUUAUUUGUUAACUCUAGGCAGAGUGAAUGUACUUUAUGAUCUUGAGGUGGAACUUCGAUUGUUCUGGGGCAAAUGUUAGUAAAAUGGCUUUGUAAACUGUAAAUCAAAGUACUUCUUUCUGCGAUGAUAUAUAUUUUUAUUGCCUUUCUGCAAAUUUAGGAACACGAUAGAGCUUAAAUAAGCUUGAGGUUUUCAUUUUGUAUUUACCUUAGACAAUAAUAUAGUAGAAAAAGUUAUUUUGUUCUACUGUAAUUCUAAAGUGUUCAAAAUUUACAAUGAUUCAACGUGUUUUUCUUAUAUUUCUUUUAACAUUUCCCCAAAGAAUUACCCUGCCGAGUGUAAACCUUUGUCCUCUAUUGUCAUAUUACUGUUCUGCACAGUGUCCAGCCUAAGCGUUCUGCAGUUCAGUAUUUUUUGGAAAAUGUUCUGGGGAACUAUGUCAGAGGUAAAACUGUUUCCCAUGAAGCAGAGAUAAAGUGACUGGCCUGAUGAUAGCUCCUUACGGAGAGACUGACAGGUCUGGUUAGUCCUGCCGGGCACUGCGCAGGAUUACGCCGCCGC